AUGCUUCGUCGAAAGCCAACAGCCAUUGCUAUUACGUCGGAGGAUAUCUCUGCCUUUGAAGAAGCCAGACUCCGCAAAUUGUCAGAGGAAAACAAACAUCCCGAACAGCACACAAAGGGAACCUCGAAUAUCACCGUUGACCCAAGUGAUGAGUUGAAACCCCUCCCAGGGGACAAGGCCAGGAUUGUCCGAACACGCGAAGAAAGAAUAGGCGUGAGUCAACGUGGUUGA